CUUUUGAGCAUUAUUUUAGCAAUUAACAACAUUAUAUAAGGAAAUAAUGAUAAGAAAAAUGAUUUGCACCAUAUGACAAGGUCUUCAUGAACAGGUUCAUGCCCACUGAAGCGCAGCGAGGUGAUCUCCAGAGUGCCAAAACAGCGCAAAGACAUCAGAUUCCCUCCUCUUCACCCCCCUCCACACAAACCACCACCUCCUUGUUCCCAAUGGAUGGCACCGCUGACGCCUUCCACAGCCAGAGCUGUGGGCCAUGUGACUGUGAUAACCACACCUCCUACGCCGUGGUUGUAAAGCCCCAGGAUGUAUAAAUGAGGGUGCAAAGGGAGAAGAGGAACCAGAGGCUGACCAGACCAGAUGAAGAUGGAAAUGGCCGGGGUUAACUGGGUGCUCGCAGCCGCAGGGUUUCUUCUGUGGAUCAGUGGAGGCUCGGCUGCACCCAUGGAGUGCCACUUCAACUCCAGAGGACUGUGUGUGUUUGAGGGAAGACACUACUCACUGGGUGAAACCUGGAUGGACAACGCUUGUAUGCAGUGCACCUGUCUGCACCCUGUUGGUGUCGGUUGCUGCGAGACGGUGCAUCGGCCGGUGGAUUUCCCUGCGUGGUGUGAGGUGCGGGUGGAGCCAGUGACCUGUAAAGUGUUUCUGGUGCAGACAGCCGAUCCCCGCCUGCCCUGCUCCCCAGGUGAGGACUUCAAGGACCCCAGCCAUGGAUCACUUAAGCUGCAGCAGCAGCUCGAGGGAUAGAAAGCCAUUCAAACCAAUGAUAAUCUGUUUGCGUGUGAAACCAAUACUCACUACGAUUAAAUAGCAGCAACUACUUUUGACAUAUACAUAAUGUAGAAAUAUAAAACACUAAUAGCAUGUGUACGUUUUGGCGUUGUAGAAUCAGUGAAGGAAACGUGAGCGACAUUUGUCUGUGAAAGUGCAUUUAAGUAAAACUGCAGUAUUUUCCAGCAGAGAAUUUUGUAAAACUGUGCACCAAAUGAUGCAGCACACAUACAAAUUUGGGAACUUUAGGCAUCAAUCUUUGGAUAAAAGUUCUUCUUCAGUAUGUUUGAUAUCAGUUAUUAUAGUAAGCAGUUUGUUUGCCUAUGGCGGCCCUAUGCUUCAAACUAACCAGAAGCUGUGCAACUUUAUUUUGAUACAAACUGUGUGGGAAAUUUUUCAUGCCAAAGAUUGCCUGUUUUUGGGGACUUUUACAUCAAGCCAAAUGCCGUAUCUUUAAUUAACCCAAUAAUGACUUGUUGUAAAUAUAAGCAUUUACGUAUACACACAUUCACUAAUAUAUGCAACAAAUUCAAUUUGACCUGUUUUCUGCUGUAACUCAUUUA